UAUUUGUCGUUAUUUAACCAUAGCUUUUAUUCAUGAUGAGUGAAACAUGUUUUACUCUAUAUUACAGAAACUUGACGACUUAUUGGCAGUUUUUGGCUUUAAUUGUGCAGUUAGUAACCAUGAAGACAACGAGCGUAUGUUUGAGGAAGAAAAUAGCACAGAUGAAAUCAUUGAUGAUAUUGAUAUUUCUGUGGAUGCUCGUGUGGAACAGUAUCUGGCUACACCACUCAUACUUACUGAAAAAGAGAAUGGGCAUGAUACAUUUCCAGCUGGCGAUCCCGAUGAUCCACAAAAUGAUCUUGAAAUGAUCCAGGGUAAAAUGCGGAAUGGAUGUGACUGUAGCAAAUAUUGCUACAAUAACUUUAGUGAGAGAAAAAUUCUAGAUCACGUGCUGAAUUUGAGAGAAAUGGAAAGGAAUGAGAAGGAAAUGUAUAUCAUGGGAACAAUUGGUAAAGUAACUGCUAGUGUAAGAUGUAAAGACGGUGAAAGGAAACGAACCAGGUGGGAGUAUGCUUAUGAGGAAAAGAAGGUAUGUCGAAAUGCAUUUCUGUUGAUAUUUGACAUAGGGAAAAGAACUCUUGAGGGUCUACUAAAACAUGAAUGA